AUGACACAAAAUAAUAAUCUCCCAUCUAUCAAUCGUUUCGUCACUGACCAUGAUGAUAACGGGAGAGCGAUCUUCCUGAACAACCGGCAGCUACCAGAAGCAUUGCCUUUCAAACCUCUGUCCGACGGUGCCGCUUCUUUCGGGCUGGGCUACGUCACAAAGACAUUCCCCGUCGAGCUACAGGACCGCGCGGAUGUCAAAACGUAUCAGACAUACCUCAAAUCUGCGCCAGGCUUGACCGUCUCGGGAGGAACGGUCUUGCGAUACGUCGACAUGCCUCCUGGGUCACUCUCCGCAAUGCACCGUACCAUCAGUCUAGACUACGGCAUCGUGAUCGAGGGCGAGGUUGAGCUCGUGCUCGACAGCGGUGAGACGAGGUGCAUGAAGAGAGGCGAUGUCGCCAUUCAGAGGGCUACGAAGCAUGCGUGGAAGAAUGCAAGUACGGACUCGUGGGCGCGGCUAGCAUUCAUCCUCCAGCCCAGUCAGGUUUUGGAGGUAGGAGGCGAGAAACUGGGCGAGGACCUGCAUACUAUGCAAGGUGUUCGGGUAUCCGAUUAA